CUCUGCUACUUCACCAUCAUUAUUCUUCAUUAAUCUCUUUUUCAAAUAAAGCCCUUCUGCUUCUUCCUCAUGUCAUCUCUCGAUGAUAAUGAACUUUACAUGGGCUGUAAAGCCUACGUGGAGGGUGUUAGUACCUCAUACGGGUACAUUCCCUCCGAAGGCGCUGGGAUAGCCUUCUGUGUGCUCUUUGGAUUGUCAAUGAUCGUUCAUAUCGUUCAGUUCUGCUGGAAACGAACCUGGUGGUGCAGCCUCUUCAGCAUCGGAUGUCUGGUGGAACUUUUAGGCUGGGCUGGACGCACCUGGGCCGCCAAAUGUCCCUACAACUCGACCGCAUUCAUGCUCCAAAUCUCGACCCUAAUCAUCGCACCAACCUUCUUCACCGCCGCCAUCUACGUCCUCCUCGGCCGGUAUAUCCAACUCUUCGGGCGCAGCUCCUCCAUCCUCUCCCCGAAACUCUACCUCUGGAUCUUCUGCACAUGCGACGUCAUCUCGCUCGUCAUUCAAGCCGCAGGCGGUGGUUUAGCAUCCUCCGAAUCCGACGAGGUGAACGGCAACACCGCUCCCGGCACCAACACCAUGGUCGCGGGUAUCGUCUUCCAGCUUGCCUCCAUCACGAUCUUUGUCUUCUGUGCAGUGGACUUCCUCCGCCGCUCGAUACGCCUCGGAUACUCGCAGGCGCUCCUCCACGACCCGCUGGCCUACCUACUCGGUGCGAUGGUGCUCUCCGUCGUGUGCAUCUACAUUCGGAGCAUCUACCGGACGAUCGAGCUGGCGCAGGGCUGGAGUGGAUAUCUGAUCACUCAUGAGUCGUACUUCGUGGGUCUCGAUGGGGUGAUGAUGGUAAUCGCGGUCGGGGUAUUUAAUAUCUUCCAUCCGGGGUGGUUGCUCCCGGCAGAUCAUGUGUUCGCGAAGAAUCAGGCUGGUCUGGAGUCGGGGGUGCGGGAAGAGCAUCAGUUGCAUUUGCGAGGAGAGUACACGGGGCAUGGACAACAGUGAGAGAAUCUUAAGUAGCGUCUAGAAUUGCGGGAUUUUCGUGUUUCGGUGGCUUUUGUUCUUUUGCUGGUGCCGGUGGAUAAAGACCUGGGAUUCAUAUUGGAAGAUGG